UUCCCAAGUGGAACACUUCCCCCAAAGCCAUUAUUUUCAAAUUCAAACUCCCCUUCUUAUUCUUUACCAUCUAUUACAUCAAACACCUCAUUCUUUCCCUUCUGAAUCCAUUCUUACCCUCUCAAAUGUCGAAUUCAAACAAGGAUCCAAUUCCACGACAACCUUCCUACAGUUCCCUGUAUCAUAAUCCCCUUACAGAGCUCAAAAAUGAAGCCAACAAUGGCGUUUUGACCCUUCACAAUGGUCAAAACAAAGAGAAUUCGGAACCAAAUAAAGUAAAGACAAACUCGGAUCCUGUUGUAGAUAAGGAGAAUGUGGAUUCCAACAUAACAAUUGGAUGUAAACCUACACCAAUCGCAAAAUCCCGCUUGAAAGAUAGGGCAUGGAAACCAUCUUCGUUGCAGCUGUGUAUGCAGUUGAACGACCCGAUUCCAAACUUCGGUUCAAGUUUCUAUGAACCGAUUGACUCCGGAAAAAACAAUUCCGGUAACAUUUGGGAUUAUUCCGAUUCCGAAGCUGCUCCAGCUUCCUCAUGGUCUACACUUCCGAACAGAUCGUUGUUGUGUAGGCCAUUGCCAGUGGACAUUGGAAGGUGUACUUGUAUUAUCGUGAAGGAAAAAUCUGCUGACGGGAUUAAUGGCGGAAGUGUAUACACUCUGUACACUAAUGAAGGCCAAGGAAGACAAAAUCGGAAACUUGCUGUAGCUCAUCAUAGACGUCACAACGGAAGAUCUGAGUUCAUAAUUGCUCAGAAUACAAAAGGGAUCAUAUCUUGCGCAGAUGAUAGUUAUGUCGGAAGUGUAACUGCAAAUCUCUUGGGUUCCAAAUACAAUAUCUGGGAUCAGGGUCGACGUCUUAAUUCCAUGACUAAACACUCUAAACUUCUAGCAGCAGUAUCAUUUGUGCCUACGAUAGCAACAUGGACAGGAAGCUACAGGAGUAUGAAAGCGUGGCUUCCUAAACAUCAGUCUAUGCAACUGAAGAAUACAACUCAGGCUCAGCAUAUAAAUGGAUUACCUACGGGUUGGGAAGAGAGAAUGGAUAGAGUACAUCAGCUGUUUUCAAAAGUUCCAUGCUACAACAAUAUCACAAAGCAAUAUGAGUUGGACUUCAGAAAUAGGGGAAAAUCAGGACUUAAAGUCCAGAGUUCAGUCAAGAAUUUCCAGUUGACUUUGGAGAAAAAUGGAAAACAAACAAUUCUACAACUUGGGAGGGUUGGAAAGUCGAAGUAUAUGAUGGACUACAGAUAUCCGUUGAACGGUUAUCAAGCCUUCAGCAUAUGUUUGGCUUCUAUUGAUUCAAAGCUUUGUUGCACCAUGUGAUGAUGAUAUUAUGAUCAUUUCUUAUGAAUUAUGAUGUCUCUCAUUUUUAAAUAUUUUCUUAAGGCAAUUAACUAAUUUGUCUA